ACUGUCAAUUCUAGGAUACGAGCGGCGGUCUUAGCACAUCCUCGUUGUCUUUCCGUCAUCUAUGGGCUAUUCCUGUUUUCGUCCAGAAACCUGUCACUCGAUUGUGAUAUGUAAACGGAUGAUCUUACGUACGUUGAUGUCGAAUGUUCUAAAAGAAAUGAUUCUUUCUUGCCGAGAACAAAAUUUUUUUCAGAAUUUUGAACAAUUUAAUGGAUAUUUUUACAGGAUAUAUUUGUAAAUGAAGUAGCUCUCAGCUGACAUGGCUCCUGUUCCGCUUAAAACAGAUCUGCACCUUUCCGAUGAGGAAACGAUAGAUGAUGAUGACGAGAAAACGCCUCUGAAUGAGAACACUUACGGCAGUCGGCGUAGUGGACAGGAUGUGAAAGGCUGGGAUGUUUUUGUAGUUACGCCACCAGAGGAAGGUGAUGAAACACUGAUAUCAAGGGCCGUGGAUGUUACGUUGAAGGCACUUAAAUUAUUUGUUUAUAUGUUAACCUUCUGUAUAGUGCUUGGUGCAGCAGUUAUUUCAAAAGGAACAUUUCUUUUCAUGACAUCUCAUGUACGAGGGAACAAAACUCAAUCCGUAUGCAAGAAAGGAUUAGGUUUGGAUCGUGAUAGAGAUUAUGAAGUAUCUCUUGAAGAAUUUGAAAGAAUUCCAUGGAUAUGGUCAAUUUUUUUAGCAUUAAUUGUUCCUGAGCUAUUUGCCCUUUUCAGAAGUUCUCGAAUAUGCGUUUUCAAAUCGUACAGAAAACCCAAACUUACAACGUUCAUUGUGGUCUUUAUUGCCGAAACCAUGUAUGCUGUAGGACUGUCACUCUUGGUUUUUGUUGUACUACCUGAUCUUGACGUAAUCAAAGGCGCUAUGAUAACGAACUGUGUUUGCUUCAUCCCUGCUGUUUUAGGACUGCUCUCGAGGCAUGCUGGUGAAUCCAAGAGGCCACUCAAAGUGGUAUUCGAUAUCUUAUCGGUGAUUUUACAAGGAACUGGUUUCGUAAUUUGGCCAAUGACGGAAGGUGGUUCUAGAUCUUGGCUAAUACCAAUUUCAAUGUUUUUGGUCUCCACUCGUUGGUGGGAAAACUACUUAGACGUAAAAUCACCAAUUGCCUUUAUAAAAAAACUAAGUUCCGUGAAAGAAGAUCUCAGGAAGAGUAGGUACUUCGCCUAUAUAUUUUUAUCUAUGUGGAAGAUACUAGUUAUUUUUUGUGCCAUGUUCGGAUUUUUACACUUAACUAUGGACAAUGCAUCUUUUAUCUUCAGAGGUUUUACGUCCAGUUUUAGAAGUCAUCCAAUUUUGAUUCAACCAAUCAGAAGGACUCUUGCUUUAAAUAUUUUGCUUGAUGUUCCAACGGCAAGCCCUUUAGAUGAACAAGUAUCUAUUAUGUCAUCCGCGAUGACUCCUAUUUAUGUAGCACUCAUUCAAAUCAUGGCAUCCCUUCUGUGUUAUGUAUUCGGAAAAUUUGCAUGCAAAAUCUGCAUUCAAGGCUUUAGUUUCGCAUUUCCAAUAAGUUUAACGAUACCGGUUUGCAUAUCGAUGCUCAUAGCAGCUUGUGGAGUACGCACGGAAGAUAUGUGUUUCUUUGAAGAUAUUCUUCCUAAAUACCUCUUUUGGACUUGUCCUCAGGGUAAUUUUUUUCAGGAUUUCAUUUCAAGCCAGUAUGCUUGGAUUUGGCUACUAUGGCUUCUCUCACAAACGUGGGUCACUGUGCAUAUAUGGACGCCAAAAUGUGAACGUCUGGCAAGUACUGAAAAGCUCUUUGUGAACCCCAUGUAUUGUGGUGUCUUGAUCGAUCAGUCUGUUGCUCUUAAUCGUAGAAGAGAUGAUGAAGGCGAGAUAAAAAGCGAAGAUUUAGAUCUUGAAGGUAAUGAUGAAAAUGACAUAUCACAGUACUACGAAACAAUUUCUAUACAAACUGAAACAUCCAGUGGUCAGGUUGGAAAGAAUGUUACUGUUAGAAGUUCUGACCAUAUUACUCGAAUUUACGCAUGUGCUACAAUGUGGCAUGAAACAACAGAAGAAAUGCUACAAAUGCUGAAAUCAGUUGUGAGGAUGGAUGAAGAUCAGUGUGCUAGGAGGAAUGCCCAAAAAUACUUGAGAAUCGUUGAUCCCGAUUAUUACGAAUUUGAAGUGCACAUUUUCUUCGAUGAUGCAUUUGAGUUGUGUGAUGACGACGAUGAAGAGAUGGUUGUAAAUAGAUUUGUCAAGCAAUUAGUUCAAGUAAUGGAUACUGCUGCAAGCAAUGUUCAUCAAUGUAAUAUUCGUCUAAAGCCACCUAAGAAAAUACCUACACCAUACGGAGGUCGUCUGGUAUGGUUAAUGCCUGGCAAAAACAAACUGAUCGCCCAUCUGAAAGAUAAAGCUAAAAUUAGGCAUAGGAAAAGAUGGAGUCAGGUGAUGUAUAUGUAUUAUUUGUUGGGUCAUCGCUUGAUGGAAUUGCCGAUUGAUGUCAACAGAAAAGCUACUAUGGCAGAAAACACAUUUGUUCUAGCUUUGGAUGGAGAUAUUAAUUUUCGGCCGCAUGCCGUACAAUUAUUAGUGGAUUUAAUGAAGAAAAACAGAAACCUUGGAGCAGCAUGUGGUCGUAUUCAUCCUGUAGGGUCAGGUCCCAUGGUAUGGUAUCAAAAAUUUGAGUACGCCAUAGGACAUUGGCUACAAAAGGCUACUGAACAUAUGAUAGGUUGUGUUCUCUGCAGUCCUGGUUGUUUUUCACUCUUCAGAGCUAAAGCUUUAAUGGAUGACAACGUCAUGCGAAAGUAUACAACGCGAUCAGAUGAAGCUCGGCAUUAUGUGCAGUACGAUCAAGGUGAAGAUCGCUGGCUCUGUACUUUAUUGUUGCAGCGUGGCUAUCGUGUUGAAUACAGUGCCGCAUCAGAUGCUUACACUCAUUGCCCUGAAGGAUUUGGAGAAUUCUACACGCAGCGCCGACGGUGGGCUCCCUCAACUAUGGCGAAUAUCAUGGACUUAUUAUCUGAUUAUAAAGCUACUGUAGCUAUCAAUGAUAACAUUUCUGUUCCUUAUAUUAUCUAUCAGGGAAUGCUCAUGACUGGAACUGUACUUGGUCCGGGUACGAUAUUUCUUAUGCUGGUGGGAGCAAUGGUUGCAGCCUUCAAGAUUUCAAACUGGAAUUCCUUCACAUACAACAUAAUUCCUAUACUUCUAUUCAUGAUUGUUUGCUUCGUAUUUAAAAAUGACAUCCAGAUAAUGGUAGCUCAAGUGAUGAGCGCAGCGUAUGCUUUGCUUAUGAUGGCUGUUCUUGUUGGUACGUCCAUCCAACUCAGUGAAGAUGGAGUAGGUUCUCCUUCAUCUAUUUUUCUAAUUGCGUUAUCAGGAAGUUUCUUCAUAGCAGCGCUACUUCAUCCUCAGGAAUUCUGGUGUGUUCUUCCUGGCUUGCUGUAUUUUCUAAGUAUUCCAUCUAUGUACCUAUUGCUCAUCAUUUAUUCCCUUGUUAAUCUCAAUGUGGUAACUUGGGGCACAAGAGAAGUGCAAACUAAGAAAACGAAAAAGGAACUGGCGGAAGAAAGAAAAGAACAAGAAGAAUUGCUAAAAAAGAAACGCAACCCAGAUUUGUUAUCAUUCCUUGGUUUGGGAGGUAAAGAUAAUGAGGAAGGUAGCAUAACUUUGAGUUUAGCUAAUCUAUUUACCUGCAUGCUUUGCACUUACCCAAAAUCCAAUGAAGAUAAAAUGCAUUUAAUGAAGAUAGGGGAUCAGCUUGAGCAAAUGAAUAAGAAAAUUGCAAAUUUAGAGCGACAGCUGGAACUAUCGCAUGCAAUUCCUUUCCGUGGUCGAAAAUCUUCAGUAGGAGGAAGAGGAUCUGUGCGUGCUGCAUCUGAAGCUGGAUUAUCUGUGGUUAAUGAAAAUGACGAUGAUGAAGCAGAAUUUGACUCUGGAUCUGAAGUACCUCUCAGUGAGGGAUUAGAGCCAAAACAGGAAAGAGACGACCUCAUAAAUCCAUAUUGGAUAGAAGAUAAGGAUUUAAAAAGAGGCGAAGUAGAAUACCUUCCAGGAGCGGAAAUCCAGUUUUGGAAAGAUUUGAUUGAUAAAUAUUUGUACCCAAUAGAACAGAACAAAGAACAUCAAGCACGUGUUGCUUCGGAAUUAAAGGAAUUAAGGAACAAAGUAGUUUUUGCGUUUUUCAUGUUCAACGCUCUCUUCAUCUUAAUUGUUUUCCUUCUUCAACUCAACAAAGAUCAACUCCAUUUAGAUUGGCCUUUAGGAGUUAGAACCAACAUCACAUAUAUACCAGAAACUAGCGAGGUUCGAAUCGAAAAAGAAUAUUUGGAAUUAGAGCCCAUUGGUUUAGUUUUUGCUGUGUUUUUUGCCUUAAUUCUUGUCAUUCAAUUUGUUGCCAUGCUGUUUCAUAGAUUUGGAACAUUAUCUCAUAUAAUGGCAUCAAUUGAAAUUUCUUGUUGCAACCAGAAAGUUGACGACAUAAGUGAUGAUGCUUUCAUAGAUAAGAAUGCUGUGCAAAUAGCUAAACAACUUCAGAGACUGCGGGGCAUAGACGACGAUGAAAAAAGUGAAGAAUCACUGUACGGUGACAGGUUAGCUAGGAGAAAAACCAUUCAGAAUUUGGAAAAGCGAAAAAAUCAGAGAAACAGGAUUGGAACUUUGGAUGUAGCUUUCAGAAAGAGGUUUAUGAACAUAAAUGUGCAUGAUGCUGAGCAUGGAAAUAUACCAACGCCCGUUUUAAAUGGACUGAAUCGCUUGGGGCGUAGCCGUGAAACUCUUCGAGCACUAGAACUCCGCCGUAAUAAUGUUUUGGGAAACAACAGCAAAAUGGAGACCCUGGGGGCUAAGAAUGAGUUUAAUGCUCGCAAUCGUAAUUCCAGACCCAAAAAUGGCGACCUAAGAAGAGUCGACAAGAUAUUUUCGAAACAAAAUGGCAGCGUUGAUCAAAGUUUUGGUAAUAAAGCCUACGAUGGGAGUUCUGACGAGGAAACAGGAGGAAGAAAUCUUGGAAUGCAAAUAUAUGGCUCUAAGACAAGUUUAGCCAAUUACAGAGAAGAAACUGAGACAGGGCGAAGACGACAAAGUCAUCUCUGAAUGAGUUAUAUUUGACAAGCUCUUUUUAUGUAGUGACUUAACAUUCUUAAAUACCUCAUAACUAGGAACUCUUUAUGCAAUUUCUUCAAUAAUUAAUGAACUCGAAAAGUAACUUCAGAGUUCAGUAAUAUAGUUGAACUAAUUCUUUAAAAGCCCAUUACUGAAUGUACAAAUUUUUGCUUUUAUAACUUUAUUCAUCGCUCACAGGUUUUAUACACCAAGCUUAGCUUAAUUUUAAGUGCAAUAUAUCUUCCAAGCUUAUGCAUGGUGCUUUGAUAGUCAUAAGUUAAGGUACCUUAAGAUUUACAGAACCGAAUGGUCUUGUUUCUUCUACGUCUUAUUGUGCAAUUUCAUUUUAAUUGAGGUUGAAGGUCUUUAAAUUUUAUCGUUUCAGGUAUGAAGUGAAAUGACGAGGCCCUUAAUAACUAAACGUCUUAGUUUUAGGAUUACUUCCUAAAUUUUCUGUACAUAAUGAAAGGAAUGACGGCUUUGUUCCAAGUGAUUAAAUAUUUGAGUUUAUGGAAAAUGUAAUUUUAUAAGUGUUAAAUUAAUAUAUUGUGUAGUUUUAUUUAAUGAAUUUGUAAUAUUUGACAAAUAAAAUUAUUUUAUUCUAA